ACUUCUUUGUCACUGUUUGGUAUUUCACUAGCUGUCAAUCUAUCACAACAACAACAAACUUUAGAAUUUUUACCCUCAUAUUCAUCCCACAAUUUGCAGAUUCUUGAAAAUAUGAUCAUAAUCACUAGGAAAUAAUUAUAAAAAAUGAGCGACUUACAAUGGAUCACUAUAAACAACAGGUUACAACAAGGAGCUUCUUUGAUAAACAAUUUGAACACGAAGAGAUACGAACUCCUUCUAUCCCAUAUAAUCAAUUCCAGUAGCGAUGACUACUUUACUGAAACUGAGUUGCAGAAACUGCAGGACAAUUUGAAGCUGGAUGAAAACCAACUACAGCUUCUUGUGCAAAGCAUCGCUUACAUCUAUAAGCAAAGUAGAAGAGUUAUUCUAAAGCCCACCGAAUUGGAAAGUCAGUUGGUAGAGAAAAUUGGCCUCGAUCAAGGAAAAGCGGAGAUUUUCACCAAGCAGUGGCUAGCUGAAACUAAAAAAGAGUUGGGAGCCUUUGAAGACAGACAUACACUGAAUAGUCUAAAAUGGGAACUCAACAUGCAAGUCGCUUCAGAUAUGGGCAAUAAGCAGGUGAUUCCCAAUGCGAAAAUACAGCUAGACCUUACUAAGGUCACUGAUGAGACGAAAAAGGAAGCGGCAAUAUUGGAAAUGGGCGAAGAAGACCUGCAACAACUAUACAGCACGUUGGAAGCAAUCCAGUUAAGGUUAGACAAUAUAUCAAAAAAUAAAGCAUCGCAACCCAAUUCCGCUCAUAAAAAGGAAUAAAAAAAGGACUGACAUCAAAUAAAAAGUAUGGUAAUAAAAUCUAUUUAGCUGAAA